AUGGCGAAGAUUCAAUUUAGCCGUAAUUUCAACCUCGUUCACAAGAAAAAUGAGGUGAUAGGCGAAGUUCAACAGUCUCAAAUUCUUUUAAAUAGAUGAAGAAUAUUCAGGCUUGCCUCAGCGAUAUUCUCAGCUGUUUCAGUUUUUCCUGCUGGUACUGAUUAUGAAAUGAGAUUUUCUGAGGCUAGAAAUGCUGAAAAUUGUGACCUUGACACAGAUCACAACUCAUCUCCAAGAUUUUUAGUCAUGAUCCUUUGCCUCAUUUCAAUUAUUCUCUUAAUACCUUAUCGCUAUUAUUAUAUUAAAUGAAGAAAACAUAUACCUUCAACAUAUCGAGAGCUCCCUUGUCUAGCAAAAAUUUCCCUUUCAGAGUAUUCUAAAUUGAAAAAGAAAGCAACCUGAAGAGAUUAUUUAGGAGGAGACACAAUUUUCGCGUUUUGUGUAAAUAUUAUUUUUCCUUAUCCUGGACUUAACGCCACAUUUACUCUUCGGCAACAAAUACUGUAUCAAGAAGUCAAUAUCUGCUAUUUCUGGGCUGAAUUAUUUUAUGCUAUGAUGUUCUUUAGAUGAGCAUUUUUAAUAUUUGUAUUAUUCAAUUAUGGAAGUUAUCAGAACCCUAUUGCUAUGAGAUAUUGUGAAAAAUAUGAUGUUCCGCCAAGUCCUUAUUUUUCACUAAAAUGCUAUGUAAAUCAAAACCCGAUGGCCAUGCUUUUUCUUUUCUUAUUAUUACCUGGAACAUUGAUAUUUGCAUCGACAAUGAGAAUUUUCGAAAGGCCAAUGAAAAGGUCUGCUGUUGAUUUUGAUUAUCCAGGAAAUGCUAUAUGAAAUGUAAUUGUCACCAUUUUUACAAUUGGAUAUGGAGAUUUCUUUCCAGCUACUAAUUUGGGAAGAAUAACUAUUGCUUUGAGCUCAUUCCUUGGCAGUGUAGUUCUUUCAUUUUUGUUUGUGACGCUUACUCAUAUCUUUACACUUACAAGCAGCGAAGAGAAAGCUUUAAAAGAAAUUCUGCUAACCAAUUCAGCAAUAGCAACUAUUAAAAGGGCUUUUACUUAUACAAAAUCCAAAUUUAGCACAUCUGAAGAAAAAAUCAAUGCAUGAGACUCAGUACAAACUCAAACUCGAUCAUUCAAUAAAAUUAGAGAAGAGCUGGGGAUUGAUGCAGAUGAUAAUGAAGCAAUAUUAAGUGAUCUUUCGGAGAGAGUUUUAAAGGUUGAAGCAAAUCUUGAAAAAUUCAAAUGUUCAAUUACUUUAUUGUCACAUAAAUUUGAUAGCUUGAACAAAAGAUAA